AUGCAAAAAAGAGUUAGUGACAUUACUACUUUAAAAAUUAGAACAACAAAUCCAAAUGGUUUAAAUAAAUAAUAUCUUUCAUAGAUAUCUCUCAAAGUGAUCAACCUUUUUUUAAUCAAAGACUCGAUCAAACAAGAGAUAAUAUUCAAAUUCCAUAAUCUAUUUAGGAGAUACUCUUUCCUAACUUUUAAUUAAGAUCUUUGACAUCUGUAAUUGCAUUGUUAUUAACUUUAAAUUAUAUAUGUCAAUACAUCUAUUAUAAAGUUUCAGGAUAUAAAUAUUUUGGAUGUGUAUUAUAUGAAUUGGGUGCAUUUUAUGCAGCUGAUGUAAUUUAUGAAUGUACUAAUCAUUUGGAAUUAAGAUGAGUUCUAUAGAUAUAUUACUGGGACCUUGUAUUUUGGGAGUAUCUACAAUGCAAUCAUUUUUGUAAUUACAUUUACAAUGGAAGCCUAUACAUUAGAAUAUAUGUUAGGAAAGUUUGUUAUUUGCAUAUAUUUAAAUGCAGGAAUCUAUGGUUUAAUAUUCUCAGCAUUGAU